AUGUAAAAAUAUCUUUUACUUGCUCUUAUUGUUGUUGUUUGCUAAUGCUAAUAAGCCUAGCAACCCUUACCUCCUGUUUGGCCUAACAGAUUUAGUUAAGAUUUUGUAGAAACCUGGAAUAUUACUAACACUAUUCAUAGAAGUGUAGGUACCUAUUUUUAUGAUUACACUCAAGGAACCACCCGUUUAGCUAGAUCAAAUGGCUAAUAUGAUCCUUUAUGCAAAAGUCUUCAUACUGAUGCUUAAUAAUGCGAUUAAAUUAUUGUUAAUGGAGAGAGAUACAUUUAUUACCCUGAUACCUAAGAGUGCUGCUACUGUUGCGGUUAAAAUGAUGGUUGUGGUGUAUUAUCCCCUUAAUGGUUUAUCGAACCUACUUUCUUAGGAAAUGUUUCUUACUAUGGAGUUCCUGCUUAUAAAUGGGUAAUUUAUGAAGGCCCUAAUGAAGCUAACCCUAAUUAUUACAUUGAAACAACUGAAGAAGAACCUACUUAAAGAUAAUUGCUUUAUCUUGCUAGAUCAAACUAUGAAUAAAACUACUUUUUAGAUUCCUUAAGAACUGACUUCGGAUCUAUUGAUCUUCCUUAAACUUGUAACCGUAAAAGUUUAUGUCCUGGAACAUGUGCCAAAGUUAGACCUGCCUAAUCUAAUUGA